UCGGGAAUUUCAUUCUAUUGUUCGAACAUUAAGGCUGCGUCGUUGAACUUAAAAUUUAACAAAAACUUGUGACGAUCGAGUUUAAACUUCUUUUUUUCUGUUUUGCGAAUUAAUCAUCGCACGAACGAGAAUGUGUGGUCGAGUGUGGGCGACAAUCUCCACUCUGUCCAUCCAAAUUAAGGUGAUUGCAGGGGCUAUUCUGCAAGUCGCACAGGUACAUGGGAGCGAUAAAGACUUGAAUACGUGUGUGAGCAACCUGCAGUUGAACCGGUGUCUCAAUCAAUGCGUGCAACAAUACGGACAAAUCUUGGGAGCAAGCUAUCCAGGAGCACCUGGGGCACUUGGAGCCCCUGGAGGUUACGUCGGUGGCAUUGGAGGAAUUGGCAAAGUGGGUGGAAUUGGGGGUGUAGGAUCUGCAGGUCCCGACGGUCCAUGGCCAACCGGCUCAUCUGGCCCUAGCGGGCCAUAUCCCGGUGAUCCAGACUACGUUCCUUCAAACUAAUAAAUUCUAAUAAAUUCUCUAGGAGAUCAUUCCUGUUUCCCAGAGUUCUUCAUCAGAAUCAGGAAUUUUGACUGUGAUUAAGGCAUCUAUGAAGGUACAAACUAGCCGUACAUAAACCGUAUGUAACAGAUUAUUGUAAAGAGGAAUUUCAGAAAAAUAGAAUAUCAGAAAAAUAGAA